AGUAGGUGAAAUUUGUAGUCUGCUGGCCUGCGACGGUAGUGUACCUGGCUCUGAGAGGGGAGGAAGAAGAAACCUGGCUGGAGUGUUUAUCUGAGUGGUCUGACGUGCAGUUUGUAGGGGACCUGGUUACAGGAGGUCGCUUUCAGCUCCACUGGGAGCCAUUUUCACUUUUAUUUCCUGUCUCUUCUGGCUGUUUCCUGAUUUCGUAGCUGCUAAACUGCAGCAGUUGUGACAGUUUGCUGAGUAACGCUAAGAAUCUGAAACUCGUGUUGAGCCAUGCACGGUCGGGUGAAGGUAAAGUCCACCGCUCAGCAGGAAGAGGAGAAGAGGAAAGAACGAGAGAAGAAGCUGAAAGUUUACCUGACGGUUCGAGAUGCCAUCUUUAAGAAGAGGAGUAAUAGCGAGCUGGAUGAGGAAGCUCUCCAGCUCACGCAGCAGCUCCUGGCUUCUAACCCGGACUUCGCCACGCUGUGGAACUACAGGAGAGAGAUCCUGCUGCAGCUGGAGACUGUGAAAGAGGAGGAGGAGAUGCAGAAGCUAUACGAAACCGAGCUGCUCUUCAUCGAGUCGUGCCUGAAAGUGAACCCCAAGUCGUACGGGAGCUGGUAUCACCGCGGCUGGGUGGCGUCCCGCCUCCUGAGACCCGACUGGCAACGAGAGCUCGGCCUGUGCGACCGCUGCCUCAGCCUGGACGACCGCAACUUUCACUGUUGGGAUUACCGCCGCUUGGUGGUGAAGGUGUCCGGAGUUUCCGUGGAACAGGAGCUCCAGUUUACGGACCGUCUGAUUGGCUCAAACUUUUCCAACUACUCGAGCUGGCACUACCGGAGCACGCUGCUGCCCCUGCUGCAUCCACAGCCUGCAUCUGAUCCGGCGUCAGCCUGCCAGAAACACACACACACUCACACACCACCCACGGCUUCACCCCAGACGCAUGGGCACCGAGUGUGUGAGGAGCAGCUGCCCAAAGAAUAUGAACUGGUGCAGAAUGCCGUCUUCACGGACCCGAAUGACCAGAGCGCCUGGUUCUACUACCGCUGGCUCCUGGGGAGAGCGGAGCGUGAGGAGCUGAUUAGCUGUGUGUAUGUGAGCAGAGAGGGAGAGCGAGUUGCUGUGGCUUUCUCCAAACCUGUUAAUGUUGUGAGUUUGAUGUUGGUGUUAGAUGGUCAGCCUCAGCAGGUGGAGUGGAGGAGUGUUCACCCUCGACUUCGCCACAGCCCCGUCUGGUUGUGCGAGCUUCCUCCUGGCUCUAUCAGCGACAUCAACAAUGAACACAACCUGACGGUGCACUGGCCGGAGAAACACACGCACCGAGACUGCGCUCUCUACACAGGUCGGAUGGAAAGUUGGUGCAGGGAGUCUGCCACGGAUCAGGAGCUCUUCAGGAGUGAGCUGUCUGUAGAGAAGACAUCAGUUCUGCAGUCUGAGCUCCAGUCCUGUACUCAGCUUCUGGAACUGGAGCCUCAGAAUAAAUGGUGCCUGUUAACUAUAAUCCUUCUGAUGAGAGCUCUGGAUCCUUUAGGGCAUGAGAAAGAGACGCUCACUCAUUUCCAGAUGCUGAAGGAAGUGGACCCCAUGCGCAGCUCCUACUACAGCGAUCUCUGCAGUAAGUUUAUGAUCGAGAACACUAUUCUGAAAAUGGAGUAUGCCGAGGUACGGGUCUUCAGCCUCUCGGAUAAGAACCUGAGCACGCUUUGCCACCUGGACCAGCUCCUAUUGGUCACUCAUAUCAAUCUGUGCUCCAAUCAGCUCGCGAAGCUGCCGCCGCAGUUCGCCAUGUUGCACUGCCUCGAGGUUCUGGAGGCUGAUGAUAAUGCCAUUGAGAAUCUGGAAGGACUGUACAAUCUGCCCAAACUGGAGGAGGUUUCUUUGAAAAACAAUCAAAUCUCGAAAAUCUCUGACCUAUCACCGCUGGCAACGUGUCCGAAGCUCACCAGGCUGGAUCUCCGUGGCAACCCGGUCACCAAGACUGCGGAUAUCCAGGCGGAGCUAGCCGAGCUGCUACCAUCACUUACUGACCUUUUACUCUGAUAAACUCCCAAGGAUUGUGUGUGUGUGCGUGCGUGUGUGCGUGUGUGCGUGCGUGCGUGCGUGUGUGUGUGCGUGCGUGUGUGCGUGUGUGUGUGUGUGUGCGUGCGUGUACGUGUGUGCGUGCGUGUGCGUGUGCCCACGUUUAUUCCCACGUGGCGCCUCGUCAGAAGUGAACACUCGUUUUAGUGCUGUACACCCGCACAGAGCUCAAAGAGACUUCAGAAUAUCAGUGUGUGUGGGUAAAUAUUAAUUUAUACCACAGCAUUGUUAAAUUCUCGAUUCUGAUUGGUCAGAAGAAGUUGAUUUAUUUUCUAUUAUAGCAGCUCACAGGUUUAUAUGAAUGCGCUUGUUCUAAUACGUAAUUGUUUCUAUAGUAACAGCUCAUUUCCAAGGACUUACUGUACAGCGGUCACAUCAGAUAAACAGAUUAAAAGAUGUCUGUAAUCGUUGAUGUGGUGAAGUUUUCCGUAAGGAGGCGUUUGCUUAGGAUUUAUGGAAGGAGUCUCCAGUGUCAGCACUUUGUAAAAGUUUUGUCUUAUUAAUUUCACGAGAGAGAGAGAGAGAGAGAUAGAUGCCGGUGAAGGAACAACUCUUUACAGCUGCUGUAACGAGUAAAGUGUUAUGCCAGGUACUAAAUUGGUUAGAUGUUCCACAACAUUAAAUGUAACUAUAAAUGGAUAAAAUGUGUGACAAAUGAAAACUGUAAUCAGUGGCUGGUUACAGGGGUAUAAGAGGAAUAAAACACUUAAGAACGUGCAGUUUUAGGAAAAUAAUCAACUUCUGGGUGGUAACAAUAAAUCUGCUUCAUAUAAGGCUGCAUGAUUAUUUUCCUAGAAGAGCAAAUCACCAAGUGUUUUAUUCCCUAUAUGUUUCGGAUUCUGCAUGCUGAGAUGUGCUUUACCGUGUGUGUGUGUGUGUGUGUGUGUGUCCAUUCAGUGAUAUUCCUCAUUCCUUCUUUAUUAGAAAAAUAAGCAGAGGUUGCUCUAUUAUGUAAUGAUCUCACUAGUUCAAGGAAAUGUUCACAAUGGAGUUGAGUGAAUUAACACCUACUCGACUGAGCCAAACAUUACUGUACAUGAAGCAGACUUAAUUACUGUGUGUGUGUGUGUGUGUGUGUGAGAGAGAGUGAGAGAGAGAGAAAUAUACAUGUAAACCCCACAAAUAAACCAUCUCUCACUA